UAUAAUUUGUCCAAUCUCUGUUUUGCUGGAAUAAUUAGUUUUCAUUUUUGCUUUGCCGUAAUAAUUACACUAGUUUUCAGUUUUCACGGAUUGUUUUGGAAAAGAAAAACCUCAAGGGGGGAGAGUUGUCAUCCUCUGCCCUCCCCUUUGACUUAAUAAUCCCAAGUUAAAAAUAAGACUUCGUCCAAUUUGCAACCGAAGAAGAAGAAGGAGGUUCAAUUUUUGAGAUAUGAGCUCAUUGGGGUGGAUCUAGAUCUCAAGUGCUGAAUUCAAUUGGUGGUUUGACAUUAUUGAGGGACGGACGGACCCUGAAGAAAAGAAGUUAAAUUAGAAUUUUGGGUUUCAAGGAUGGGGGUGAUGUCAAGGAAAGUAGUGCCAGCAUGUGGUAAUCUCUGCUUCUUUUGCCCAUCAUUGCGCGCAAGGUCCAGACAGCCUGUUAAACGCUACAAGAAGCUCCUUGCUGAGAUUUUCCCCAAAUCACAGGAUGCUGAGCCAAAUGAUAGAAAGAUUGCCAAACUUUGCGAGUAUGCUUCCAAAAACCCUUUCCGCAUUCCUAAGAUUACUGAAUACCUGGAGCAAAGGUGUUACAAAGAUUUGCGAAAUGAGCACCUUGGCUCCGUAAAGGUUGUUACCGUCAUCUACAGGAAGCUGCUAUCUUCAUGUAAGGAGCACAUGCCACUAUAUGCUACUAGUCUAUUGGGGAUUAUCCGCACUCUUUUUGAACAGACGCAGCAUGAUGAGAUGCAGAUUUUAGGUUGCAACACUCUCGUCGACUUCAUCAAUUGCCAGAUGGAUGGUACGUAUAUGUUCAACUUAGAAGGCCUUAUACCUAAAAUGUGUCAACUAGCUCGAGAAAUUGGAGAUGAUGGCAGAGCCCUGCGCUUGCGGUCUGUAGGAAUGCAAACUCUGGCUGUCUUGGUGUGGUUUAUGGGGGAGCAGUCCCACAUCUCCAUGGACUUCGAUCAUAUUAUCACUGCGACUUUGGAGAACUACAUUACUUUCACAGUGAACCUAGAGAAUGGCAGACAAGAUGGUAAACAAUCUCAACCUGAACAGUGGAUUCAAGGAGUGUUGAACAGUGACGAUCACAGCUCAUCUUUCCCUGAUAUGAGCAAGAAGGUUUCCUCCUUGCCAAAUAUCAUGAAUGCAGAUAUAAAAUUGACAUCCUCAAUAGAAACAACCAAAAGCCCCUCUUAUUGGGCCAGAAUUUGCUUACGUAACAUGGCCUUACUGACAAAAGAAGCGACUAGUGUACGGCGGGUUCUUGAACCUCUUUAUCAUUGUUUUGACACUGAAAACUAUUGGGCUUCAGAGAAAGGACUCGCCUGCUCAGUGCUCAUGGAUUUGCAGUGCUUGUUAGAGGAAUCAGGUGAGAAUUCCCAUUUGUUGCUAUCCAUCUUGGUCAAGCACUUGGAUCAUAAGAACAUUGUCAAGCAGCCUGACAUACAGAUUAGUAUAGUUAAUGUGGUCACACACUUGGCAGAAAAUGCAAAAGAGCAAGCUUCCACUACAAUAGUUGGUGUCAUUAGUGACCUGAUUAAGCAUUUAAUGAAGUGCAUGCAGUAUUCAGCUGAAGCAUCUAGUUCGAAAGACAGAUUAGAUAAUUCUAACUCCAAUCUUCAGUCUGCCUUAGAGAGGUGUAUAUUACAGCUCUCAAAUAAGGUUGCUGAUAUGGGGCCUAUACUUGAUAUGAUGGGCAUGGUGCUAGAGAACAUUCCAGCGAGCAUCGUGGCAGCUAGAACAAUGAUUGCCGUUGUGUAUCGCACAGCACAAAUUGUCUCUUGCAUUCCUAAUGUGUCAUAUUACAGGAAGGCUUUUCCAGAUGCCCUCUUUCACCACUUGCUCUUGGCGAUGGCACACACUGACCAUGAAACACGAGCUGGAGCACACCAUAUAUUCUCCACUGUGCUUAUGGCACCUGUCAGUCACUUGUUAUCUCUACAUAGUAGAAAUUUUUCCCAGGGUAUUCUAGUCCAAUCACCAAGGAAGUUGGCUAAGGUGAGAACUAAGAGUUUCUCCAUUCAAAAUGGAAACACAGAUGAAAAUGGUUCCAGAGAUGGAGAAGUGGGAGAAGAAAAUGAAGAUGUCAGUCGCCAUUCACAUCAAUCUGCUGAUUCUCGAUCUCGAAGUCAAUCCUGUAGCUUCAAGGAUGCUCUCCCUGAUAGGAAACCAGAUCUCACUUCACUUCGGUUGAGUAGUCACCAAAUGAGUCUUCUGCUUUCAUCUAUCUGGGUUCAGGCAACACUGACUGAUAAUACACCUUCCAAUUUUGAUGCGAUGGCCCAUACAUACAAAAUUGUGUUACUUUUCAGUCGAUCAAAGAAUUCUAGUCACAUGGCGCUUGUUCGAUCUUUUCAGUUAGCCUUCUCUCUGAGGAGUAUUUCGAUGGAUAGAGAAGGAGGUUUACAACCAUCUAGAAGAAGGUCUCUAUUUACUUUGGCAUCAUAUAUGCUCAUCUGUUCAGCAAGGGCGGGAAGUCUCCCUGAACUAAUUCGUGUGGUUGAAUCAUCACUGACAGACGAAAUGGUUGAUCCUUAUCUUAAGUUGGGUGAAGAUGUCAGGCUGCAAGCUGCAUCUGAAGCAUCUGGUAGCGAAGCAUAUGGUUAUGGGUCACCGGAAGAUGAAAUUGCAGCUUUGAAAUCCUUGUCAGCAGUAGAAUUAGAUGAUGAGAAAUUUAAAGAAAUCAUUAUGUUGCACUUCACAACUAAAUGCAGAACAUUGUCAGAGGAUGAGUUAUCAAGCAUAAGAAAACAACUCUUGGAAAGGUUUGAACCAGACGAUGCAUAUCCACUUGGAAUUCCUUUGUAUAUGGAAACACCUCACCCCUGCUCUCCACUUGCUCAGAUUGAGUUUGAGACUUUUGAUGAGGUCAUGGCACCUCCUUCCCUCAUAGAUGAAGAAGCAAUUUCAGAUGCUAAUGGAAGCCAAUCAGGUCGAAAGACCUCUCUUUCCAUCAAUUCCCUUGACAUUCUAAGUGUGAACCAGCUUUUAGAAUCG